AUGUAAAGCCCAGCAUAAUCUUCUUAGAAUAGUCUCUUUUAAAAUUUAGACCCAUAAGAUUUAGUCUAAUUCUAGCAGCCAGCUUCCUUUGUUACUUCAGGACCUCGAACAAUGAAACCCAUUUCAAUUCCCUGCAUUAUAUGUGGAAAGAAUCUUAGCGGUAUCAAAAGGUCUUAAUUCAUAGAGAGUAAAUCAUAUGUUAGCUUAGGAGUCUAAGCUUACUAUUUGACUCAUGAUAAACCCGGAGAAGCUAAGUGCUAUUGUAAAGAUUGCUUUGAGAAUGCAAUUAAAACAACCAAGACAUAUACUGAUUCAAGAAAGAAAUACAAGGAUAUAAUAAAUGAUUUGAAAAGGAAAUUGAGUUAAAGCAAGGAGGAAGAAAAAAGCAACAAAAUUGGAAUGCUGACAGAUAAUGAAUUAAAAAUAAUUUCAAAUUUUUAAGUCAGAGAUCCUAAUAUCUAAUAAACUUCAUAGAAAUAUGGUUUUCUUCAGUAAAUGGCUUCAUCAUUUGAUACCUAUAGCAAUAAUCUCUAAAAAGUCAAAGAAUCAAUAGAAAAGAAUGGCUAUAAUUCCAGUUCAAUGAAGUUAACAAUGCAUCCAGAUUAAGCAAUUAAUGAUAUUUGCGCUAGAAUUAGAAAUGCAAUGCACGUUGUAUAUGAAUGGAAUACAAGGGAUUUUAUAAAGUAAAUUGAAUUGAUUAAGAGUGAUUCUGAUGAAAAAUCAAAGCAAAUUGACAAAGCAAAAUAAGACAUUUUAAAGAUAUUGUAGGCUACAUAAUUGGCUCAAACUGUUCGAUAAGAUCCAAUUUUAGAAUCUCUUGAUUAAGAUAAGAAAAAAAGUUAGGAAUAGGGGAUAUUCUAUGAGAUGAUGAUUUAAAGUGUAAAUGAAAAUUUGGAGGACAUUAAAAAGAAAAUUGAUCUAAUUUAGUUUAAAAUGUGA